AUGCGCCUCGAAAAAUGCUGGUUUUGCUCGAGUACGGUGUACCCGGGCCAUGGCAUUUGUUUCGUGCGCAACGACUCGAAGACAUUUCGCUUUUGCCGCUCAAAAUGUCACAAAAACUUUAAGUUGAAACGGAACCCUCGCAAGGUCAAGUGGACAAAAGCGUUCCGCGUCCUGCACGGCAAAGACUUGUCGACAGACUCAGUUUUUCAGUUCGAGCGAAAGCGAAAUCGCCUUGGAAGAUAUGAUCGUGGUAUCACUCUCAGUACUUUGCGCGCUAUGAAAAGAGUAGACGAGGUUCGAGUGCGUCGCGCUCAACGACACUUUGACAGGCGUAUGAAGGGAAGCAGUAAUGGUCGUCUACGUGUCGAAAAACGCGAACUUGAACAGCAGAUCCACAUCGUUCGCGGAUCUUUGACGAAGAGAAUAGACCCGCUUGUUGCGAUUGACGAAAGAUGUGAUGUCAAGGCUUUUGCAUCUGCUGCCCCUGGCAAGCAAACGGACAAACAGUACAGCUAA